AUGGCAACGGAUGUUAGCGAGGAAGAAAGGAUCAAAGAAGUUCACGAGGCAAUGCCAAAUAGCUAUUGGGUUGGCAGACUCUCCGGUUUGUACAACAAAUACAGCAACGACAUGCUAGAAGCGACGAUUAAAGACCCCGAACAGCUCAAGAAACGGACGGCACCCACACCUGAAAGUUUCGAUCCUCCACGACUGUCGAAGGACAAGAAAAGUAAGGAGACGACCAAGUCAACGGCAAAUGAUCCCGCGGACGACGAUGUGAUGCGUCAGGAUGAUGCGGAGGGUAGAUACCGUCGAGCUUUUACGACACUUCAGGGCUAUUGUAUGACUAGUACUGCGAAGAAAAGUCUUUGGGAAUUUCAACAAGCAUAUGCCAGGAAGGAAGAUAAUUCUCGAUUCUUGCCAGCUGGAGGGCAUAUGACGGACGCCUGGUACACGAAACUGACAAAAGGUGCGAAGGGUGAUGGUAAGUCGGAAAGGGGUACGAGUAUGGGUAUGGGACGUCGAACUGGAUUGAGUCGCUUUGGUCGAAGUCGAAAUGACCUGAACCAGCGUUGA